AUGGCUCAAGCAUUGACAAUCCGCAAUUUCACCUCCACUCCACUGGAAUUGAAGGUCAUUGAGCGCUUUUCCCCGCACGAAAAGCCCAAAGAAGAUGGCCUCCAAGCUUUUGGCACAAUGGCCAAAAACUUCACACGCAUGGUGACCGACGCCGCGACAAAUGUGACUCGUGCAUCCAACACUGCCCAGUCUCUGCCCCAGGACGCCCAACCAUUUGCUCAUCAGGAUAUCAGUAUCCGUAUUGAUCCAUUCACUACCAACAAGACGGAUGUCAAGACUUUUGAGAACAAUGACAAAGAGCGUUUGCGUCUAACCUUUGAGGUUGAUGGGGAGCGACAUGUCAUUACUGUCCCGGUACCGACAGUCGAAUCGGCCGAGAUGCGAUCUUUGACAGACAACCCCCGUCAUCGAUUCACAGGUGUCUAUGUUACGCAAGAGGGUUAUCUUGCAAUUUACUCUUCUGCCGAGCUCAAUGCGUGGAUGCGCGAGCUACGAGAUGAGACUAUGCUCUCUUCACUGUCGAUUCCCGGCACCCACAACUCUCCCACCUGUUACAUUGCACCUCCGUCAGUCCGUUGCCAGGCAGUCAGUCCCAAAGAACAACUCGAGAAUGGUGUUCGGUUCUUUGAUAUCCGUGUACAGCCCCAGUAUCCUGAUGAUCCCUCCAAGGACGAUUUGAUCCUCGUCCACAGCGCCUUUCCAAUCUCUCUCACUGGAAACAAGUAUUUCAGAGAUCUCCUAAAUGUCGUUAAUGAAUUUCUCGACCGCAAUCCCUCCGAGACUCUGAUCAUCUCGUUGAAGAGAGAGGGAACGGGCAAGGCCACAGACGAGCAGCUCAGUCGCAUCGUCCGCGAUCACUACGCAACCCCUGAUAGCCGCUGGUACACCGAUCCCCGAACACCAACCCUAGGCGAAGUCCGCGGCAAAAUCGUGCUUGUUCGACGCUACAAUCUCGAUGAGCCGCAAAAAGGAGAGCACGAAGGAAGAGGCUUCGGUAUUGAUGGCUGUGGUUGGGCCGACAACACGCCCAACGCAACCUGUCCAGGCGGCGAACUCUGUAUCCAGGAUUUCUACGAGGUGCUCGAAACCCAAAACAUUGACAAGAAGAUUCAAUAUGUCAACGAUCACAUCGCUCGAGCAGGUGCUGCUCGUUACCCAUUCGGGCGUGGCGAUCCAAAUCAGAAGUAUCCCUUUUUCGUCAAUUUCCUGAGUGCAAGCAAUUUCUGGAAAACCGAGACUUGGCCUGAGAAGAUUGCUGCGAAGCUCAAUCCGGCAACUGUCAAGUAUCUCUGUUUGGAUCAUUGCAAUCAUCCGGAUGGAGAUUGGAGUACUGGCGUUUUGGUGACUGAUUGGGUGGGUUUGGACGGUGAUUGGGAUCUUGUCAGGUGCAUUGUGGGCAUGAAUGCGAAGUUGAAGCUCAGGGAGAAUUAG